ACUAUUAACGAUUUCUGUUUUAAGAAUCAUACGAGUCUGAGAUAACUAGCUCGAGUCAACUCAGAUUUUGUUACGUCCGAACCAGUUAAAGAACACGAGUAACCCCUGACUCAGGUGAGUUGUGCCCAUUCAGCCCCAACUUGGACCAGUCGAUUCAAGUAGCCGAGUAUUUUGACCAUCUUCCAGACUGGCUAUAGAAGUGGUCAUAAUCUUUCAGUUUUCACCACUGAACAUUUGGCUGUAUGGUUGGGUAAUCAGGCCUAGUGGAGUUUGAUUCCUUAACUCAUCGGCCAUAGGUGCCAUUCAAUCACCUUCCAUUGCUGGCGAAUUGCAAGCUUGUUACUCAUUCGAUGCUGGAAAGCAAAUCCGGCAAACUGUUUAUUCUUCUUAGUUUCUUCAUAUUCUACUGCCUCUGCGUUCAAUUUUCCCAUGCGGCGGAUACCAUCACACAAGACCAACCGCUCCCUGAUGGGAAGACCUCGAUUUCUGCUGGUGAGGUUUUCGAGCUGGGCUUCUUUAGCCCCGGCAAGUCCAAGAAUCAUUACGUGGGAAUAUGGUACAAGAAAGUCACGGAACAAACGGUUGUAUGGGUUGCCAAUAGGAGAACCCCGCUCUCGCAUUCAUUUGGUGUCCUUACAAUUAACAGCAAUAAUGGGAAUCUGAUGAUCUUGGAUAAGAUUGGAGGCAACAUCAUGGUGACAUCUGAUUCUGCUACCAAUCACACAAGUGCUCGGCUAUUGGAUACUGGAAACUUCAUACUGAUAGAAGGUGAUUCAACUAAUGAUGAAGGCCGGGUCAUAUGGCAAAGCUUUGAUUAUCCUACAGAUACGUAUCUCCCUGGCAUGAAACUGGGGGUGAAUAUAAAAAGCGCGCAAAACCGCUGGUUCCUCUCUUCAUGGACAAGUAUAGAUAACCCUGCUCCCGGGGACUACACUUUAGGAAUGGAUUCCAAUGGAUUGGGUCAGUUUCUUAUACAGAGAAAGCGAAACAAAUCCUGGAGUAGUGGCACUUGGAACGGGGAGAUUUUCAGCCUUAUUCCUGAAAUGAGAAGUUAUAUCUUCAAUUACAGCUACAUAUCGAAUGAGGAUGGGACAUAUUUUAUUUAUUCACUUUAUGAUAAUACUAUAAUUUCAAGAUUGGUGAUGGACGUGUCUGGGCAAAUCAAGCAAAUGACAUGGCUGGAGAACAGCAAAUCUUGGAAUUUGUUUUGGUCUCAACCAAGAGCGGAAUGUGAUGUUUAUGCUCCUUGUGGGGCUUAUGGUAUCUGCAAAGAGGGUAUGCUCUCUCUUUGCACGUGCUUGCACGAAUUUGAGCCUUACUCUCAAAGAGAUUGGGAUUCAGGUGAUAGAUCAAAGGGGUGCGUGAGGCGAACAGAACUGAAUUGUGGGAAUCAAGAGAGGUUCUUGCGGUUGAGUGGCAUGAUCUUUUCUGGUAACCCUUGAGUUCUAAAGAAUUCAAGUCUCAGCCUAAAAGAUUGCGAAUUUGAGUGCAGGAGAAACUGCUCUUGUAUUGCUUAUGCUUCUGCACAUGAUAAGAGAGCCGGAUGUUCCUUGUGGGAUGGAGAGUUGAUAAAUAUUCGUGAGACGACCUUCGGCAAUGUCCCUGAUGUUUAUGUUCGUCUCUCUGCUUCAGAGUUUG